CACUAGUUUUACAAAAAUCACUGAUUUCUCAUUUGAAAUUUAAAAUUAAAAUUUUUAACUAAUAUUUGACUAUUUUUCCUCGAACAAGUUAAAUCAGUCAUUAAAAUAAAACGUUCCAGCGCGCUUGUUCGAAAUUGUUUGUAAUGUAAUGACGUCUCGUUUCGAGUGACAAUUCACCAAAAUGUUUACUGUAAAAAUUUGUUUUUGCUUACUUAACGUAUUAACGCUAUGCGUACUGAUUUCGGGCAACAAUAAAAUUCCUUCUUACCAAGUACAAGAAGAAGACAUACCAUAUUCGGUCAACGUUAUUAAUUUAAAACAUCCUAAUCAUGUCAAAAAAGACCGUCCAUGGAAUGGGAGAUAUUUGCCAGACCGUACAGAUUCAGAUCAUUAUGAAGGAAUUCCAAAAGUCGUUGAAAAUGAUGAUUUUGCAUGGUAUAAUACGCCUAAGCGUAAAGUAAACGUUCCAACAAUGGGUUACAUGGAUAUUAAUUCUACUUGUGAUGACGGAAAGACAAAUUUAACCACAGAUUGGGAUGGUUCGUUUUAUAACUACACAUGUCUGCAAAUGGAUUACUUACCCAUAACUCCUGAAGUCGAGCCUUUAUUAGAAAGGGAUUUGUUGCCAAAAUAUUAUGUGGCUAAUCACGUGUGUAUGAAAGAAAAUAUAUCGUAUCAUCAGGAUAUUCCGUCCUUCGGUUCACAUCGUCCAGCAUGGGCCAAAUACGGAGAGUACACAUUUUUACCAAGACAAAGAUGGCUUCAUAAUUUAGAACAUGGGGCCGUCGUAAUGUUGUAUCAUCCGUGUACUCAUCCCAUUUUGGUACAACGCAUGCGAACAGUAUUAAAAGGUUGUCUUUUCAGACAUAUCAUUACUCCGUACAAUUUGGUUCCUACGUCUAGGCCAAUCGUGUUGGUUACGUGGGGCAACAGGCUAUAUAUGAACGACGUGGACACAAAAUUGGCAGUAGAGUACAUAAAAAAAUAUGCUAAUCAUGCUAAAGAAACAACAGCCAGAGACGGACAGUACGAUCAUUUGUUAUUAGAUAAGGCGGAAGUGAUUUCCCCUGACGACGUCAACAUUUGUCCUACCCCACAUAAGAGAAAAAAUAGAAUAUAAUAUGUUUAAUUUUUUUAUUUAAUUUGUAUCAUCGUUAAAACAUACAUAGAAAGACCGCGGCAUGUACUUUUUCAGCUACACUUUUGAUUACGAAUCAACCUCAUUAAUGUAUGAUCAGGUCCAAAACAGCACCGCCGAAAAAGCAUACAAUGUGGUCUAUCUAUCCAUGUUUAAACUGUUUAAGUAUACUACUUAAUUAUUAAUAAAAGAAAUACUUUGUAUUGGUUUUCUAUGCAGACUAUUCAAUUGACAUUUCGAUAAAUAUUUUUUAUAACAUUAAUUAUAUUCAAAAAUAUAUUUAGUAAUUUUGUGUAGUAAUCAUUUUAAUUAUUAAACCUAGACGAAUAAAAAAAAAGAAAUCAAAUUCAUCUGUGAAAUAAUUUAUUUUAUAAGAUUACUUGUAUUGUUUUAAGUUAUAAUAAUUAAUAAAUAUUUUUUUUACAUUAUUA